CCAACAGUCCCGCCCACAACUCAGAGGAGAAUUUCUAAUGAAUUCAUGUCUCUGCAGAAUAUUUGUCUUAAAAAAUGGCAUAAUCAUAAUUAAUAGACUACUGGGAGCGCUUUUAUAAAAGAUCAAACUAUAGUUUGAGUGGGACUUUAAUACAUGUCCACCAUCAUCAGAAAAAUGCCACAAGAACAUGUUAAAAACACACAAAACACAUUUUUUAUUGGAGUGCAUUUUAAACAGAUCCAUCCAAUACGUUGUGAAGUUGAUUUUCCAAGCAGCACAUCAGACACAUCUAUGAAUGCCAUUGAUUUAUGUUGAGAAAACCAAUCUCGUUCUGUGCUGCCUUCCUGUUGCCAGUUUGUCUUGUUGCAAUCUAAAUGUUCCUUCGGAAAAAAACUCGACAAACAAAAAAAACAGUAUUCCCAGGAGGCAGGAGGUUGAGCAAUCAUCUAUUCAUUUUCUAAACCCGGUGUGUUCCUGUUUGGAGUCAUAAGGAUGCUGGAGCCUAUCCAGCUACGGUGCACACAGGAAGAGCACUAUGGCAAAUGAAUCAUCAGAAAAACACACAACUUAGAUUUACCAUAAGAAACUUAAACAAAAGAAAACACAAAUCACAAAUCUAAUCAUUUUACACCUUUAAUGAGUUCUUUCUCCUCACUACAUACACAGCAGUCCAGUUUGUUGCAAUCCUGAAUUUAGCAUUCUCAUGAACACAGUAUUUGGCUAUGUCCGAAUUCCUUCACUACGCACUACAUAGUGCACUAUAUAAAGCAUUCACCAUUUUAUAGUGCUGUUCCAAAAUUGAGUGCCCUAGAAAUUUCCCAGAAGUCUCUGCAAAAAUCAGUGUGCUCAAUAGAUGGUGAAUGUGGGGCCAAAAUGAGUUGCAUUUGAACAGCUGCUUUUAAAAUCCAGGCCACUAGAUAGUCCCGCACUUUAUAGUAGUUAGGGAGUAGGGUGGGAAUUUGGACAUAGCCAUUUUGUUUGUGGAUUGUUUGUUUUUUCUAUUUCAUAUCUUGAUGGUGCUCAUUCUGUGUUACAGAAUUAUUUCCUUUGUUUCUAAAUAAAGUUAAUUUUCAUUGGUUUAGUCUGUAGGCUAGAUUUAUGACUGCCAUGCUCCCUGUUGUCAGAAAAAACAAAAGUUCUUUAAAUUUUGUUAUUUAUGUCACAUUUCUGACCAUUGCAGUUUUCAGACUCCUCAUCUAGCUUCCACUGUUGGUUGUUCCUCUUAAAUUUUCCAUUUUUUGCUGUGUACAUAAUCAAACAUGUCCACUGUUUUUACUCUGAUACCUGUUUAAAACAAAUCAAAUUUGUGGAAAAGGGAGCAACAUUUUGUCUUUAAUUUGAAUGUUUUUGAUUGCUUGUUUACUUAGAGAAAAUAUAACUUAUUGAAAAAACAGUUAUUUUUUAAAAUUGGUUGCAUCGACAGAUUAUUGUGUUUUGGAAAAACAAUAAAAGGUCAAAUAUAUUAUGAUGUAUGGAGCCCUGGACAAAUUGUUCCCUCAAAUCAAUAAUUUUCAGCCACAGAUCAGUAUAUUGUCGGGCACAAAUUUGUAUUUUAUGGGAUCAAAAUAUUAUUUUAUGCACACAUUAGGAUUUUGCGGGCACAAAUUAGUAUUUUGUGGCCACGAAUUAGAAUUUUGUGGGCACAAAUGAUCAUUUUGCGGGCAGGAAUUAGUAUUCUGAGGGGAACGAAUUAACAUUUUGUUGGUACAAGUUUGCAUUUUGCAUGCACAUAGUAUUCUGUGGGCACAUAUUUGCAUUUGGCAGGCACAAAUGAGCAUUUUGUGGGCACUAAUUAGAACUUUGUGAACACAAAUUAGUGUUUAGUGAGCAAUAUUACCAUUUUCUUUAAACAAAUUAGCAUUUUGUGCGAAGAUUUAAACUUUCUUGGUAGAAAUUAACAUGCACAAAUUUCGUGCAAAAUUUUUCUAUUCUGUGGGCACAAAUUAGCAUUUCCUGGGCAUAAAUUUGCAUUUUGCAUGCACAAAUGAGCAUUUGUGAGCACAAAUUAACAUUUUGAGGGCAUAAAAAAGCAUUCUGUGCGCACAAGUAAGAAUUUUGUGACACAUACAGGUAUUUUGUGUUCACAAAAUUGCAUUUUUAACAAGCAAUUUAGGGGGACAAAUUAGUAUUAGUAUUAGUAUUAGAAAUUAACAUUUUUUGUGUUCAAAUGAGUAUUUUGUGUACAGAAAAUUAGUAGGAGGAAUUGAUUAUACAUAAAAUGCUAUUACAUACAGGGUUGAGAAUGGCAAACAGUAAUUUUUCUUUCCUGUAGGGAAGGUUGGGAUCCUUCUAGACAACGUAUUGAAUUCUAAAUUUGUGAUAAUAAAUCUAACUUUUACAAUUAAUUAUUUUACUAUUACAUUAGUCAAGAAGACUCUUGAGGCAUUCUAAAGCACAAAGUGCUGCCUGGUGUCAGAAAGGUUGAUCUUACUGGCUGGACUCAGAUCCUCCAAUAAGAUUUUUUUUAAAACAGUCAAAAAUCAUCCCUGAAGAACUAAUAGGAAAACACAGAAAUAGCCCUUCUAUGAGCUCUAAUCCAAGGAACUGUAGUUGUCAAAACAAAAUCUUUUCAUUGUGGAGUCGAGCUGUGGAAAUUCCACAUUUCCGUAGCUGGCUUUCAAUAGCCUGGAUAUUCCCUAACUAUGUUCUAUCGCAGAGAGUAAAUAACCAUAAUUUAAUUUUCUUUUUCUUAUUUUUAUUUUGGCCAAAAUGUUGCAAAACGUUUAUUCAUUUUUUGAAUUUCUUCUCAAAGCAAAAAAAUGUUUUCCAAUGGAAAACUUUUAUAAUGCCUAGAAGCAAAACAGAAGGAGUCUGAUAAAUGUUUAACACAAACUUUGUGACAUUCUCACAUGUGGCAGCAUGUGAUGACCCAGCCUCGACCCUCCGGCUCCUAAUGUAGACCUCAUGGUUGUUUCUGGAUUGUAUUACAGCCCUAACAUGGUCACUUAACUGAGAUCUGGAUGCAACUACUUGUUUAAAUGGAAAGAUGUUAGCAAGGAAAAAGAGUUUUAUUCUCAUUUCCAGGGGGUAAUUUUUCUCAUGUUUUACUUGUUUAUCAGUCAAGAACAAACUUUCUGGUUCAAAUCCCGGUUACUUCCACCACAGCAACAGUGUGGAAUUUUCGAAUGGCCCAAAUGUAGGCUUGAGGCUGGUUGAUGAAAAGUUACAUAAUUAAACUUCAAAAAACAAAUCAAAACACAUGGGAGGAUAAAAAAAUUAAUACAACAAAAAAACACAUAUGAAUGGUAUCCUGCUGAGUCUUUCAGUAUGGAAACAUAUGUGUCUCAUCUUUCAAAAUAAAAGUCUAUACUGAAAAUGCUUCUUCAUUUUCAGGGAAAGUUCACCGUGUCUCGCUUGUUUUUGUCCAAAUGACGCCAUCAUUUGUUUUUAAGAAACAAAGUCUAAAGUCUUCAUAGUUCAAGUACCCAGGUUUACCUCCUUGAGUCUCAUCUCCUUCUGCUUCAUCCCAGUCUUCAAAGUGAUCAAAUUCCCCAACAAUAAGUACAGCGCCAUCCAGCAGGGGGCAGCAAAGUCGCAACAGCGUCAAGGAGAAACUGGAAACUCCAGCGGAGAAGAACAGCGUCAAACAUGGCGGCUGUCUCAGGACAAAAUGGAAAGUGUGUUUGUGCCUCAGAUGCGGGUCUGCUGUUACACCCCGAGCUGCAGUCGAAAGAUUUCCUUCAGCUUCUUUUAAGUGAGAGAAAAAUCUGCACCAGGGACUGUGGAAGCAGGGACCAACUCACUGAGCUGUACCUCCGGAACGUCAUGCCGCUGCCGCAGAGGAGUUUACCCAACAACCGCUGGGGACGGAAGGUGGAGAGGAGCCGAGGAGGACGCACUUCUGCGGGGCAAACGUCAGAGAGCUCCAGGAAUGACCAGAGCAGGAAAAGACCUCUAAUCGUGUUUGACGGGAGCUCUUCUAACUCCGGCCCCGUAAAAGUGAAGAAAUCAGAGGGAGCGGCAUCAUCAGGAGUCGCAGACCGAUUAAAGCCUCCUCCAGCUGCUAAUCUGACCAACCCCAUUCGGAAACUCUCUUCCAGCUCGAUGACAUCAUCGGCCUCGCCGCUCCCUCCCAGUACAGACUCGGCAAACCUCAAAAAAGAAGGAAACUCAUUGGAGGCGCUAAAAUCUCCUGAAGUGAAGAAAAAGAUCCCUCGCGUGACGUGGCCCUGACCUCUGUGCCCUCAUGACGGAAGCUCCCACUUUUCCAGGCGGGCUUCUCCUCUUCCAGCUCAGCCACGCCCAUCACAGUUUGCCACACAGGAAUCCCUUUAAAAGUCAGCGUACAAGGCUAGCAUGUCUGCAGUUUUUCUAAAAGCCGGCUGCUGACGUGGGAAACGCAGCUUUAGAUUCACUACAGGAUAUAAAAUCAUUAUUGAUUCAAACAAAGCAAAAUUCUGAGUCUGCUUUGUGGAAAUCAAAGAACCUCUUAAAGGCGGAUUCAUGCUCUGGGAGACGUGAAACCUUUCUGUAUUUUAGUGCUGUGCUUUGAAAGACAGGAACAAGUAUUUUUCUGACUAGGAUAUCUCAGUUAUGGGUGGGACUGGUAGCACAGAGUAAGCCUGCCCUCACUCCCCAUUAUCAAUCUGUUUACACGCUUUCCCACUAACUGGAACCCCCCCCCACUAAGAUUAGUGGCGCAACAAAAAUGGU